AUGGUUGACCAACCCGAUGAAUGGCUGACAAGUUUCAAUUUCCGCUGGUUUGAGACAGGAUACCGGUAUGAAAGAAAGGAUAUGCUGCUGGAUGCCUUGAAUGAGCUCGAGAAUGAGGUCUUUGACUUGAUGAACGAUGAGAGCUUCCUUGUAUCGAUGAAGAUAGUCUCUUUCUUCUUGCUCCAAGUCCUUGAUCCUCUCAUCGACAAACACCCACAGCUGAAAAGCAAUCUCAUCCGAUCAGAACUCAUGGAAUCCAUUGAAAUCUUCAGGCGCUCUGUACAGCCGAGAUCGGAGAGGGACCUAGCCAUUGCUCAAGUAGUGCAGGCCCACACCGAUGUACUCGGGGUAAAUUUUGAAGCGAACCUAAUCGCGCCCACAAUUGCGAAGAUGUCACUGAAGGCAGACGCUGCUGAGUUGAAAAAGGGGGUCUUGCAGUGGCAGAGUCUCCUCAACUCUUUCAUCUACGGCAAUUCUGAACAGACUGAAAAGGACGUUCUGACAUCCCUCACCUUCUUCUACGGCGAGGAGUAUCCAACCAACCAGAAGAACAACCCCACCAACAACCUCAGAGAAGUUGCUCUGUUGAUCUCACUGAUCAUAAAGUCGUUAGAUAAAAUCUCGUGGCGUUCAUACCAACGAACAUAUUCGCAAGACCUUCAAGAUAUCUUGAAAACCAAUCACGAGGGCUACGACAGCUACAAAUGGUCCUUUGAUGGCUACAGGACCACAUCCAAACCUGCGUAUCAAAGGUUGAUCUUCACGGAGCUGGAGGAGCUCAUCCCGAACAAAACAAAACCCUCCCACGACCCAUACUCCGUCGCAUCCCUGCAGGAAACGGCAAAGAAGUUGGAUAGUUUCUGUACCUCGAUUCUCCAACUAUGGAAAAACAUGGAUCUCGCAAGGCAUCACAUGGACGUGCGGAUCAAUCAAUCCUCUGUAUUGCAGAGAAUCCGUGACGUGAUAGAAGCUGUGCAGCCUUAUCAUCGAUUCUAUCAAGAUGACCUGAAAAAACUCCUGCACAGAUUCCGACCCUUGUCUUUGAUCAAUGACAAGUCCACACUGCACUUCAAGCUGAUGGAUGAGAGUUAUCGCUAUUGGGAUCUAAACAACCCCUUCAUCCAGAAUCCAGGAACCGCACUUCCCAGCGAAAGGCACUUUUCCGAUGCUCUGACCGCAGCUUCACCCGGUGUCUCCCACGACAUGGCUGCGGACUUCUACAAGCUGCUGCUAGACACCUUUUAUCUGUCAUCAAGGGCGAUCUGCCUGAUCAACACCAAGAGAUUCUCCCAGCCUCCAAAAACGAGCCUCAACCUCCGCUCACACCACCCCCUCCCGGAAUCGCGGCCCCCUCCCAGCUCCCUAUGGCGCAACUUGCUUUAUGCCCCCCUCGUGUACCCCGUGGUCCACUGGCAGUUGAAUCCUCUUCUUCGGAGGAAGCCCGGUUACAUCCGCUAUCCCAUCAUGGCCGGUGCCAGCAUCGGCGGUGCAGCGGCGAUCGGGGCUGCCGCAGCCCGCUCCCGUGAGAGAGCCGGAAAUGUUUGA